CUUUUCUUGUAAAUUCUAUAACUUUGCAAAGAAAGAUCAUAUAGAGUUGGGAGAGGUCUCAUUUUAAUCAGAAAUGUGCGGGCUACAAGCAUGGCUCAUUAAGAAAGGCUUUGGUUGUUUUUCAGAGUUUCUGAACUGAUUUUCCAGAAAAACGGGUCUUCUAAGCAAUGUGACAAAACUGAGAACGCCAUUAGAACCAGCAUGGCCUAAAACCCAACCCCCCCAGAGGGCUUUAAAAAAUGUUUUGCUGGGAAUGAGAUAUGAAAAAAAAUAUUUUCCAUGAAACUCGCCUAUUCUCUGCCGAACUAUACAUUUAGUUUCAAGAUUCUUCUAUAUAAUAUUUAAAAUAUUAAAAUCCCAGUUUUUAAAACUUCUCCACUUAUCUAUUCAAACAUAUCAUAUCGAGCAAAAAAUCCGUUAUGGAUUAAAAGACAACACACUUCUAGAAAAUUCUUCCUGCGAGUUCGUCUUCCCUUCAUCAUGUUUUCACAUUCAGACUUUGAAGAAAACAUACUGGUAAUACUAUAACUUUUACUUAAAUUUCGUAUACUACAUACAUCAGAAGAGUAGUUAUAGUUUCCUGCUAUUGAUAUUUUUUUUACUGACCUUGUCAGUUGCACUAGAAUAUUAAAAGCGUGCAAACUCGUUAUCGAAGAUUCUUAAUUUAUAUACUCACUGAAAAUGAAAAAAAUAUAUGAAUUAUAGUUAACAGAUCACAUUAUCCAAACGUAAUGCUAUUACGUUUCUUCCACAGUAUUUCUUGAUUUUCUCAGCAACGGUAUGUGAUAGAAGGUUCGUUCUGGCGUCAUUUUGUGUCACCUCUUCCCAAUUAAUGAGAAAAAGAAGCACGAAAUCGGUUUUGAAAGUUAGUUUCUAUGGACAAAACAAAGAGCGUAACGCUGUUUAGAAAAAAAAGGCUCUUAAAUUCAGGCAGUUGCACAAAUUUUCUCAAAACGAAUGAUAAAAAGUUUUUCUUUUCGAGCCACUUUGCAGCAGGCAUGGGCGAAUCCGAGCCGGGUCCUUAAAAUUCAAACCGAGUCCGGUCAUCUUUUAGAUUCUUUUUUGAUGAGGGUGGUUUAUUUUUUAAUUUGCUGAGCCCUGGAUAGAUAUUUGAUUUUUCGUAAAUAAAAUUACUUUCCAUGCCCGUCUCCCGAACAAAAUUUUCAAUUUCUUGUGAAACAGAAGGUGUUGUUAUUUCGCUUUUCAUUUUUCUCUGCUCAUUUGUGUUAAAAGUUGAAUAGAUCGGACUCGAAAUAUAAAAUCUCCAGUCCAAGUUCGCCAAAAAAUCUUCCAGUCUGCACUAGUGGCGGAGCCAGCUAUGGGCGAGAGGGGGGCUGAGCCCCCUCUAAAAAAUUUAUAGAUUUCGAGCAUUAAAUUUAAAUGAGUUUACCUCUGACGGAGUUUAGAAAAUUUCUGGGCUGAGCCCCCUCUAGAUCAAACUCUUGGCUCCGCCACUAGUCUGCACUCGGACUCGCCCAUGCCUGCUUUGCGGCUUAAUCAACGGACCAUUGGAUCGUAAAAAAGAUUAUUUUCAAUUCAACUCUGCAAGUCCAGAAUAAUGAUUUUACUUUCGUCACGCUUUACGCAAAAAUUUUUGUGCUUAUCGGCUAUGGUUUUCUUGUCAGAGUAAACAUUACAAGACUUCAAUUUUCACUUUUUUACAGAGUUUGUCAUAUAGAAGGCAUUUAAGAGAAAAAUUUAAAAAAAAUAGUUUUCGAGUUUUUAAAAGCUUUCCACAAAAAUGCUUAUAAAAUUUGUUAUGAGUGUCUGAACUCCAAACAAAAUGAGCCAUUUUGCAGAGAAUUUUUAGUUAUUUAUGGAAUGGUGUGGUUUUUAAAAUUUUCCCAAAAAUGUCUAGGUCAGGAAAUUAAAAUUAAAAAUUUUUAAAGUUUUAAUUUCAAAAUUUUUCAACCAAAGUUUAUUUUUUUAAAAAUGUCAUAUUCGUAAUUAGCGUGGAAAACUGCAUCUAAUGUUGUGUCACGUACUAGAGUCGUGCCAUAAGGGAGAAGAUCAUAGAUAAGGUUAUUGCGUAAGCAUAUAGUCUAAGUUAUUGUGCAAGAAUAUUCAAGAUUAUUGCGUAGAGUAUAGUUAAGAUUAUAGAUUAUUCCACAAUAUUGCAUGUAUAAAUAGAUCGGUUUUUAUUGUUAAGAAUAACUUUUUUGUUUGUAAAUAAACGGUGGUCAUACAUAGAAAAGGCGGACCCUAACAUCUAAUGAUGUACUCAUACCAGUUCUAUGAUGAAAAAGAAUUUGAUAAAACUUAAUCAGAGAGGCAACGCAAGCCUUGUUUACGCAUUCUACAUUUAUCCUACUUUCCGAUAUAAAUCCUACCAUAACGACGUUCGAAAUCCUGCUCCUACUCCUACUUUUUGAUUUUUGCUAAUACGAAUCCUGGAAACAUCUAACGUUUUAUAUACUUCAGUUCUCAUAGGCGUCUGCAACGGCCCACUCGCCUCUACUCUCACAAUAUGUUAUUUCUGUUACGUUAAGUUUAUGUAUUCAAUUUUUUGAUUUUAGCUAACCGGUGUUCGUCCUUAUUCUACAACACAAUCUCCUCAUGUAACAAGUAUAACAAUUCAACAACCACAACAGACCACUCUGCUUGCUACUGGCGAGCCGACCCCUGUACGUCCAUUGACCGCUAUACCAACACCGAUCAUUGUUAACCAUCAACAAAUCAAAACUACCCAGCAGCAAACACAAAGGUCUUCCAUAAGAGGCGAUAUUGAUGGUGGUCUAGACGAGAGUAGUCAAGGUGACUUAUCCGAUGUAGCUGUUUUGGCUGGUGUCAAUCUUAAUGAAGAAAAACAACGAAUUAAUAGUGCAUCGGAUCAAAUUGGGCAAGUACAACGGCAUUGUGUAGAUGAAAAGUUUUUGAAUAUUCAGACAUUAAAACGGAAAGCGGAAGAAUUAGCUCGUAAUAAACAAAUGCCAGAAAUAUCGGAUGAUUCGUUGGCACUGAUAUCUCAUGCUACUCAAGAAAGAUUAAAAAACAUCGUCGAUCAAUUAAGAUUAAUUACGCAACAUCGAUGUGAUUUAGCAAUGAAAAAUGAUUCAUCGUACGAGCAAAUCGGCGAUGUAAAAGCACAAAUUCGUUUUCUAGAAGAACUCGAUAAAAUUGAAAAACAGCGAAAAGAAAAGGCUGAACAAGAAAAAAUUCUUAGAGCAGCCAAAAGCAGAUCUAAAACAAAUGAUCCAGAAGCAGUCAAAUUAAAACAAAAAGCCAAAGAGAUGCAACAAGCUCAAGUUGAAGAACAACGACAAAAAGAAGCGAAUGAAACAGCUCUGGCAGCUAUUGGCCAGCGUAAAAAACGAAAAUUAGAUGAUUUGAAUGGAACUGUAAAUGGAACGAAUGGUGCUACAAAUCAAAGUGGACAAGGAAUUACAUCUACGAAAGCUGUAUGA